UAGUCACUACUUGUUCACGAGGGACAUACCCCAUCAAAGACAUCUUUACAGCUUUCUUUUCCCUCAGAUUUGGGUGUUUCAACUGUUUCUCCUGUCUCUUAGACAAGUGGUCUUUUGGGACAGUUCAAGAUUCUUCAAUUAAAAAGCAUAAACAUUUAAACCUACUCCAGGAAUCUUCCGAGAAUCUGACGUCUUUAUGUUGCUUCACUGAUUUGAGAAAAUGGAAAACAAUUCUCUUCCAAUGGAUUCGGCUAUGGAUUCUUCGUUCAUGGAUGGAUUACUUCUAGAUGGUUGCUGGUUAGAGACAACAGAUGCAUCAGAAUUUCUUCAUUUUAGUCCAUCAACCUCCGUAACACCUUUUGAUCCUUCUUCCCUCAUGUGGUCUCCAACGCAAGACACAGCAAUCUGUUCGUCUAGCUUAUCACAGAUGUACGGUCAGGAUUGUGCAGAAAGAUCGAGUCUUGAGGACCAUCAUCAACAAGGGAAGGAUCUAUCUAGCCUUAACAGAAGGUGGUGGAUUGGACCAACUGGUCAUGGCUCUUCGGUUAUGGAGAGAUUGGUUCAAGCAGUGAAACACAUCAAAGAUUUCACAAGUGAGAGAGGCUCUCUUAUACAGUUGUGGGUGCCUGUGGAUAGAGGCGGUAAGCGAGUUUUAACCACAAAGGAACAACCUUUUAGCCAUGACCCAAUGUGCCAAAGAUUGGCUCAUUACAGAGAGAUCUCUGUGAAUUAUCACUUCUCUACUGAACAGGAGGAUUCAAAUUCCAACUCCAAGGACUUGGUUGGUUUGCCUGGAAGAGUUUUCUUGGGGCAGGUUCCUGAAUGGACUCCUGAUGUGAGGUUUUUCAAGAACGAGGAGUAUCCGAGAGUCCAACAUGCUCAAGACUGCGAUGUCCGAGGCACACUAGCUAUUCCUGUGUUUGAACAAGGUAGUAAGAUUUGCUUAGGUGUUAUUGAGGUUGUAAUGACCACACAAAUGGUUAAACUGAGCCCUGAGCUUGAAAGCAUCUGCAGAGCUCUUCAGGCAGUUGAUCUUAGGAGCACACAAGUUCCGAUCUCGCCUUCUCUUAAGGGACCUGACUUCUCCUACCAAGCUGCAUUACCUGAAAUCAGAAACCUCUUGAGAUGUGCUUGCGAGACGCAUAAACUACCAUUAGCUCAAACAUGGGUCUCUUGUCUGAAACAAAGCAAAACCGGGUGUCGUCACAGUGAUGAGAACUAUAUCCAUUGUGUAUCCACAAUCGAUGAUGCUUGCUAUGUAGGUGAUCCUACAGUCCGGGAAUUCCACGAAGCUUGCUCUGAGCAUCAUCUCUUGAAAGGUCAAGGAGUUGUUGGAGAAGCCUUUUUGACCAAUGGUCCUUGCUUUUCAUCUGAUGUCUCUAGCUACAAGAAAUCUGAGUAUCCUCUCGCUCACCACGCAACUAUGUUUGGCUUACAUGGCACAGUCGCGAUACGCUUACGCUGCAUCCACACGGGCUCAGCUGAUUUCGUAUUGGAGUUCUUUCUGCCUAAAAAUUGCCGUGAUGUUGAGGAACAGAGGAAAAUGUUGAAUGCUCUGUCGACUAUAAUGGCGCACGUACCUAAAAGCUUGAGGACAGUCACGGAGAAGGAACUAGAAGUAGAGGGAGAUUCAAUGGCGAGCGAGGUCAUCGAAAGAGCAGAGACAUUGCCAAAGAUAGAGAACAUAUCAGAAGUACAUCAAAGUAAUGCUGUUCCUAAAAACGUAGGAUUGGUAUUUGAUGGUGGAACAUCAGAGAUAGGCGAGCUAGGCUUUGACUAUGGCAAAGGUUUGAGUGUAAAUGAGAACAGCAAUUUCUCUAGUGCUAGUGGUGGUUUCAGUAGAAUGACUGAGAGAAAGCGAACAAAAGCCGAAAAAAACAUAACUUUGGAUGUUCUUCGACAGUAUUUUGCAGGGAGUCUCAAAGAUGCUGCCAAGAGUAUUGGUGUUUGUCCAACGACAUUAAAGAGAAUAUGCAGACAGCAUGGGAUACAGAGAUGGCCAUCAAGAAAGAUCAAGAAAGUUGGCCAUUCGCUUCAGAAAAUCCAACGGGUGAUUGACUCGGUUCAAGGUGUUUCGGGUCAUCAUCUUCCUAUAGGCUCCUUCUAUGCGAAUUUCCCAAAUCUAGCUUCUUCACAUGAAGCAUCAUCAUUACAACAACAAUCCAAUAAGACGACAUUCUUGUCUUCUUCACAUUCACUGCCUGCAAAAUCCCCUGCAUCCUCGUGUAGCCACAGCUCGAGCUGUUCCAGUGAAACACAAGUAAACAAGGAAGAUCCUACGAAUAAGACUAGAGAAGAUACAAUGAAACUCUCAAGAUCUUUUAAGGAAACGCGAGCCACGCAGUUAUCACCAUCAACAUCAUCACAAGACGAUGAUUUUCUGAGGAUAAAGGUAAGCUAUGAGGAGGAGAAGAUACGGUUCAGGAUGCGAAACUCGCGUAGCUUAAAAGAUCUAUUGUGGGAAAUAGCGAAACGGUUUGGUAUAGAAGAUGUGAGCAGAUACGAUCUGAAAUACUUAGAUGAAGACAAUGAAUGGGUUUUGUUGAGAUGUGACGACGAUGUAGAGGAAUGUGUAGAUGUUUGCAGAUCUUUCCCGGGACAAACGAUUAAGCUUUUGCUUCAGCUCUCUUCUCAACAUUUACCAGAACGUUCUUCUGUCAGUGGAUGCCUUUCAUGA